CAGCAAAUGGCGACGGAUAACCAGCACCUUCAGUUGGCCCGAGGAGGGCCGCCGAGCCUUCAGGCGCUAAGUUACUCACUAGCGAGGCGAGGCGGCCGGCCUUUUUAGCCCGUUAGCCGGGUGCCCGCCCUUGCAUCACACGGCCAAUGGGGCUCUCGUAUAGCACGUUUUUGGGCAGCCGGGGACUCCGGUCGGCCAGCAAUUUCAACUCCGCCUGUCCUGAAUUCCUCAGCUUCUCAUAACGUUACUCCCGAGUGGCGAGAAGGCCUCGCCCAGAGAAGAACGAUCCCUGCAUAUUAACUUUAUUUACUUCACGGGCUCCUCCCCCAAGGUAGCGGGAAGACAUGACGCUCGAACGGACUUCUACCAACCAGUCUCGUCGCAGCAAGCGCUCCCAUCACUCUCAUAGCAACUCCGAAACCCACUCCCGCUCGCACAACUCUAUCCGCAGAACAAGGACAAAUCAGUCCCUCAACGGCAAAGAAACCCCAGACCACCUCCAAGGACAUCUAAAUCACUUAACGCCUGACCAAGAGCGCGCACUUGAAGAGUUUAAGGCGGUUUGCAUUGAGAAGGGUCUAUAUACACCCGCAGAGGAGGGAAAGGCUGCUAGCCAUGAGGAUCCUACGUUGUUGCGGUUCUUGCGUGCGCGCAAAUUCGAUGUGAAUGGAGCAUUGGACCAGUUCAAGGCCACAGAGGAAUGGCGAAAAGCAAACCAAAUUGAUGCGCUCUAUGAGAACUUUGACGUUGAUUCGUACGAGAAUGCACGGAGAGUGUAUCCCCAGUGGACUGGUCGUCGCGACCGGAGAGGCAUUCCCGUUUACGUCUUCGUGAUCAAACAUCUCACUAGCAAGAAUAUGGCCGCCUACUCCUCUGGUGCCGCCUCAACCGCCACGUCCUCUACCCACACUUCCUCCACAGUACCUUCAAGACUAUUACGCCUUUUUGCACUCUACGAAAAUAUGACUCGAUUUGUCGUGCCGCUAUGUUCGUCGCUGCCACGGCCUAAUCCAGAGACGCCAAUCUCAAGCACCACCAAUAUUGUUGAUAUUUUGGGAGUUGGAUUGAAACAGUUCUGGAACCUGAAAGGACACAUGCAGGACGCGAGUGUUUUGGCAACAGCACAUUAUCCUGAAACUCUAGACAGGAUUUUUAUAAUUGGCGCACCCUCAUUUUUCCCUACCGUAUGGGGAUGGAUCAAACGGUGGUUCGACCCGGUAACGACGUCUAAGAUUUUCAUCCUCUCCUCUUCCGAAGUCAAAUCGACCCUCACAUCGUUCAUGGACCCGUCUAGCUUCCCUAAACAAUACGGCGGUGAAUUGGACUGGGAGUGGGGUGAUAUGCCAAACCUCGACGAACCCGCACAGGAGCUCGUAGGUGCGCUGGAAGGAUUGGGUCCAAAAGGGGACGGAGAAAUAAGCACGGAAAGCUCAAAUAAGACGGUGGAGGAGAGGAAAAGAAACUUUGUCAAGGGGCCGGUGGCCUGGCUAAAGGAUCGAAUUGAGAUUUUUGGUUCUAUCGGCGGACAGAAGCGUAGGAAGACAAUUCCCGUUCAGGGGGAACAGAAGCCAAGCGAAACCGACCAAGCUGUUGUCAGUGAAGCCAAUGGCGUUGUUGUUGAAGUCACCCCAGCAGCUACGACUGAAGGCGAAGAGAAGCUUGUUACGACACCAGAGGCGCAGGUUAAUGGAACGACUGUGUCGUCGUAGCCUCUGCCGUUUUCACUCCAAUUAACUAUCCUGGCGUUUGGAAAAAGUUUCUCUGGGCGAAUUGACUUCUUGUGCAUAUCCCUGGUGAUAUGCUGCCAUUAAUUACCCACCGUUUCUGCUUCAUCUUCUUCUUCGUCAUCAUUUUUUUCAUUCCCCUUUUUUUUUUUUUUUUUUGGGUGGGGGGGGGGCUGCUCGUCUUUCGAGUUUCGCUUAAGAUUUACAGCCCUGAGAUUUCGCAGAGUCGUUUCUUUUCCAUCAGUGAAGACCCAAGAAGUAGCAUAGCCAUGGAGCAUAUCUACUACUGUACAUAUGAGCAUCUCCUGUUAGAUAUAGUUUUCCAUGAU